AGCACCUUUGACUGUCCUGCUAGCGUAACAUCCUCGAGCGCUGCAUGUUGGGUGUGUUUCGUCUGAGGAUGCAAAUGACCAAAUAAAGCAGAACCAUGGAAGGGGAGAAAGAAUAUCGAAGGAGGACAACGUGAGUGUGGCAAUCAUAGGAAAUGACUUGUAGAGGCGCCAAGUCCUGCAACCGACAGCAGACAUCCCUAGACAGCUGAAGCAACCAGAUGGAGCCCCCCAUGAACAUGAAGCUAAUUCUCAAAGCUGCACUGCUGCUCUACGGUGCCUGGGGUUUCCCACUUUCUUCAGCCUUCAGCAUUGAUACAGAAACACCGGUGAUUUUUGGCGGUGAUGCAGCUGCCCAGUUUGGUUAUCGUGUAGUCCAAAUAAGAUCAAACAGUGUGCCUUGGUUAAUCGUGAGUGCCCCCCUGAUGCGCAACAAUACAGAGGCACUUUUCCGCUGCUCCUAUGAUACGGAGCAAUGCCAGCCAUUGCAAGUACCUCUGUUGCAAGGCGAAAACAUCACCUCUGAAAUAUCCUUGGGUCUCUCGCUGUCUGUUGAUGAGGCAUCCGAUUCUAAACUAAUAGCCUGCGGUCCAACUUGGAAGCGCCGGUGUGGGAAUAAUGAUUACCUGAAUGGUGUCUGCUAUAUCCUGAACAACUUUGACCAGAACUUGAAAGAGAUUCGUCCAGCUUUCCAAGAAUGUAUCUCUGGAGUGGAUGCUGUGAUCUUAUUUGAUGACUCUGGGAGCAUUGCUACCAUUGAUUUUGCCACCAUGCUGGAUUUUAUCCUGAAACUUGCAGCUUCUGUGGCUGAGCCAGAUGUUCAGUUUGCUUUUGUCCAGUUCUCUACUGAGGUUAGCAUUGUGGUGAAUUUUGCUGAAUAUGCCCAUCUUGGAGGCCAGGUGGAGGCCAAGAUCCGCAGUGUCCUGCACAGGCGAGGAAAUACCUACACCCCCACUGCCAUUCGCUUUGUGGCGGAUCAGGUCUUCACACUUGAAGGUGGCAUGCGACAGCACUCCAAGAAACUGCUCAUCGUCCUUACAGAUGGGGAAUCCAAUGAUGAAAUAGUCACAUUUGAUGAAGCCAAAGAAGCCACGGAUAAAAAAGGAAUCAUCCGCUAUGCCAUUGGGGUUGGUAAAGAAUUUCUGAACUCAAAGCAAGCUCGAGAUGAGCUGCGCAACAUCGCCUCAUCACCUGAGAAUGUCUUCUCUGUGAGAAACUUUGAGGCACUUCACACACUUCAGAACCAGCUGAAGGAGAAGAUCUUUGCCAUUGAAGGGACCUCUGGAGUUUCUCCUGGCAGUUCAUUUCAGCAAGAAUUCUCACAAGGUGGAUUCAGCACACUCCUCACGCCUGAGCAUGUAGUGUCAGGAGCUGUUGGUGCCUACAGCUGGGCAGGGGGUCUGGAAAAAGAGACUUUGGGAGACCAUCCCCAAGUUAGUUUCAUGAACAUGUCUUCGCCCGGGAUGGAUUUCAGUGACUCAUAUCUGGGCUAUGCUGUGGCACUGGCUCACAUUGGCCAGCGGAAGUUCUACGUGGCCGGGGCUCCACGGUACCGACAUGUUGGGAGGGUCACUGUCUUUGAAAGCCUGAGCAAGCGGUCAAUGGCUUUCAUUGGGAGCAAGCAGGUGGGUUCCUACUUUGGUGCAGAACUUUGCUCUGUGGAUCUAGAUGUGGACGGGAACACGGACCUCAUCCUGAUCGGCGCUCCCCUUUACUAUGACGGGAUACAAGAAGGGCUUGUUGAGGUCUACUCCAUUAAUCUCAGGGGUCGCCUCAGUCUCCUUCAGACGCUUCAGGGGAUUUCUGAAAAGAGGCUGAGCCGUUUUGGGUCUGCUAUCUCCUCCCUGGGGGACGUCAGUGGGGAUGGCCUCGCAGAUGUGGCUGUUGGAGCCCCCAUGGAAGACGAAGGCCAUGGAGCUGUUUACAUCUUCCUCGGAGAAGGAGACAGACUGAAGGAACAGUACAGCCAGCGGAUCCCUGCCACAGCUCUUUCCUCUGGGCUGGAUUUUUUUGGCCAGUCCAUUCAGGGAAGAUUGGACCUGAGUGGAGAUGGAUUGACUGACUUGGCUGUUGGGGCACUAGGAAAUGCAGUGCUUCUCCGGUCCCGGCCUGUUUUCACUGUCAUCUCUUUGCUGAAUUUCUCACCUCGCUCGAUCCCCCCGGAUGAUCCUAACUGUGCAAGUGGGAAAGUUUCCGGAGUUGGCCCACGGGGGAGCCUCAGUCUUUGCUUCGCCCUAAAACUCAUCAGCACCAAGUGGAGUUCUGCUGCUCUUCAAGCCACCAUCUCCUUUGAUCUCCGGGUUGACACUUCCCAGUCUAUGCCACGCCUGACUCUAGAGAAAGAGGCACGCAACAUCUCAGAAACCAUCCGUGUGGGGACGGUGCCAGUUUGUGUCAACGGGACUCUCCAGGCUCAGCUCUGCUUGGAUGAUACUGUCUCGCCACUAGUGCUGAAAGCAAAGUUCUCAGUUGCAGAAGAACCCGAUCCCUCUUCCAGGAACCUUCGACCCAUCCUUGAACCUGGGACCAACUUGUCCACCACUCUUGAGGUUCCUUUCCAACAGAACUGUGGCUCAGAUGAUGUUUGUACGUCUGAUCUUCGGGUCUCUUUUAACUUUUCUGGGUCAAAUGGUCUUAAAUUGACUCCCAAUUUCAUACUGAACUUAACCGUGAAACUGGAAAAUGUGGGUGAGACGGCCUAUGAGACAGGCCUUUCCUUCUACUAUCCCCCUCUUUUGUCUUUCCAGGGAGCUUCAGUUUUUCAGUCUAACCAGCGCCUGUCCCCUUUUUGUGACAUGCACGGAUCCCAAAGCAACAUGUCCGUUCGUCACAGCUCCUGCCGUUUCAGCCCACGGGAUCUCAAGGAGGGCACACAGGCCUUCCUCCGGCUUUCUUUCCGUCCCUCCAGAAAUGACUCCUGGGAUGAAAAGUUGGUUUCCCUCACUGUCCGAGCCCAGAGUACGAAUGAGAACGACACACUGGAUGACAAUGAGGCUGUGGAGGGGCUGCCUGUGCUGCAUCCUGUCAACGUCAUCGUGAAGGGGCUUGAGUCCACCACAUACCUAAAUUUCUCUACUGAGAGAUCAGAGACAAAGAUUAUCACGCACAGCUAUGAGGUCAGGAAUUUAGACAAACGCUCCAUCCUGGUCAACGUGACUUUUGAUCUCCCCAUACGGACAUCAAUGGGAUUUUUCUGGAAUAUAACCCUGACCCACAGUGGAGUGAGGAACCAGUAUGAAUGCACACAUCCAUUCACCUUCCAGAUGACGAAUAUUGAGCAUUCCAAGGAACCAAUCACAAGAGGGUGCCUGGGGGCCUCCUCUUGCACCAGGGUUCAGUGCCGGAUUGCCAGUCUCUCCCAAGAGUCCAUCCAGUUCCAUUUUUCUGGGGAGUUUUACAGACCUCAAAGCAAUUCCAAGUUGCAGUCCCAGAAGCUCCAUCUUCGCAGUGAGGCAUCAGUGGUGAUAGAUGAGUCUAGAUUUUUCCAGAAUCAGCCAGAGGAAUUUCGUUUCAGCCAGAUCACCACAGAAGUUGAGAUAAUUUCGCCAUUCAACCCCAUUCCUAUCAUCGUUGGCAGCAGCAUUGGAGGCUUUGUGCUCUUGGCCAUUCUAAUGGCCGUCUUGUAUAAGUUUGGAUUCUUUAAGCGCAACCGCAUGUCUCAAACAGAUGAUGCCGCUGCAGGACCAGGUGCCCCUGCGGAACAGGGGGAUCCAACAGCUCCCCAGACAUCGACUAACUCCUGAGUGGGGAACGGGAUGAUGGAAUCAGGAGUGGCCCAAGAGCCAAGAUUCUUGGGUUUCUUGAGACAAGGACGAGGCAGGUGGAUAAGAACAAGGCAGCCUGGGAGGAAGGACUCUUCAAAGAGGAAGAAGGGUUGAUAGAAGAUGGGAGGAGGCUAGAAGCCAAUAGAAUGAUUUAAUAAAAUGAGAUUUCUUGGGUUAAAAAUCAAA